GUAAUGUCUGAGUUCGGCGCUUCAGUUUGGAACGGCGGUUUGAUAGAUGGGUUGGUCUCCGUUUCGCCGGAAAAGGGGAUCCGGCGGGCUGGGGAUCGCUGCAAUAGCGUACGUAGUGAUUGAUUACCUCCGUCAUUUGUCGCCGGCUUGGCACGAGCGUCUGCAGCCGACGCUCUGGGCGGCGCUCGCUAUCGCCGCUGUGAUUCGUAUCGCGUAUUACAAACACUGGUCGUCGGAGUUCCGCGCCGCUAUUCCGUUCGUUUUGGCGAUAGUUUUUAUGCUCUCUGCUCUUCUGGUUGAAGCAAUUUCAGUUCGGUCUGUUACCGCUGUUCUAGGUCUCGAUUGGCACAGUGAGACUCCACCCCUCCCCGACACUGGCCAGUGGUUGUUGCUCGCGCUAAAUGAGAAAUUACCUCAAAUUGUGGUGCAAAUUCUGAGAGCUCGGAUCAUCGGAUUGCACCAUUUCUUGAUGCUGUACAUAAUGCUUAAUUUCUCGGUGCUUUUCAACUCGAUCAAGGCUCCUGGUUUAGGACUGGCUGCAAGAUACAUGUUCACUAUGGGCAUUGGUCGCCUUCUUCGAACAAUAGCAUUUGUAUCGACAAUCCUGCCCUCACCACGGCCCUGGUGUGCAUCCGCACGGUUCCAAGUCCCUAAGCACCCGCAUCAGUGGGCUCAGAAAUAUUAUGUUCCGUAUGCAACAAACUCCAACGCCAUCCGUCAAAUUAUCCACUAUGAUAUAGCAUAUGCUGUUGUUGGAGAGAAUUACGACGAUUUCCAACCAAACUGGGGAUCGAUGACUUUCCUAGCAGAUUUCCUACGGCCUACAGCUUCAGAAGGAUCCGCUUCAUGGUACCAUCUUCUGAAAAAAGCCGGAGGCGGCUGCAACGACCUGCUGUACAGCGGCCACAUGCUCGUCGCAGUCUUGACUGCUAUGGCAUGGACGGAAGCAUACGGGGGCUUCACCUCAGCUCUGAUCUGGGCGCUCGUGAUGCACAGCGCACAACGAGAAAUCCGGGAGCGGCACCACUACAGCGUGGACUGUAUUGUGGCUAUCUACAUGGGAAUCUUCCUGUGGAAGAUGACGGGCCUCUUUUGGCCGGUGAAAGACGCUGCGAAAGAGCGACGGCUGAGGAAACUGGAGAGGAUACAGAGGCGGCUGGUGCAGGCGGCGAAGGACUCGGACAUGGAUGGAGUGAGAAAGCUUCUGGAAGAGGUGGAGAUGAGCAGCAGAGAGGUUAGUGAGAAUGAUGGUGUUAAGAGCAAUAAAGGUAUGUGGUUGUUUUCUUGUGGGAUCAUAUGUUUUGCCAUUGUUAUUGUUCUUAUUGCCUUCACAUUAACCAGCGAUGGCUGAUUUCAUUCCAUUCCAUCUUGAAUUGUGUCAUGUUAUGUUUUCCCUCUCUUUAACAUGCUUCAUUGUGUUCUAAACGGGUAGUAAUAUGCACUGUGUAGAUUGUUAUCAUGCGAGCGAUGUAAGUUCAUAUGUUGUUUUUGUAUUGUAUUGUAUUGAUAUGAUUUUGUUCAUUUUAUGUGAUGUCCGUCUACAUUUGAGGUUU